GGACCAGAUUUACCAGGUAGAUCCCUGAACAGAGUGACUAAUCCCACAGCCAAUAAGGUGUGACGUUGAGGAGUAUUUAAACUGAAUGCACUCUACAAUCUGCAUAUGUGCUGUAUCCGUUAGGACAAGCAGGACACUCGACAUGACAACACAAACAGCCCGAAACACAGCCUCGGUGCCAUCUGAUGUGCAGUUCAGGUGCUGCAUCUGUCUGGACACUUACAACAAUCCUGUCUCCAUCCCAUGUGGACACAACUUUUGCCUGGACUGCAUCGAAGGCUUCUGGGAUACGAAGGACAUUUCGGAGUGUCCGCUGUGCAAAGAGACAUUCAGAAAACGUCCAGAACUUAGGAUCAAUCAUGGGUUUGCUGAAAUCAUUGAAAUCUUUAAAAGGUCAAUGAUGUCCACAAAAACACAACAAGAGGAUGUCGACUUUGUCCAAUAUUCCCCAGACCAACUUGUCGAAGCUGAGGAAGUUCCCUGUAACAUUUGCCACGGAGACAAGUCAACAUCGGUCAAGUCGUGCCUCGUGUGCCAGGUGUCUUACUGUGAGCUUCACCUCACACCACACCUGAGGGAACCAGCCCUGCAGAGACAUCGGCUGACGGAUCCGGCCAUCUUCCCCACCAGUCACCUCUGCAGGAAACACAACAAGCGACUGACGAUGUUCUGCAAGAAAGACCAGACACCUGUGUGUGUCAGAUGCACAGAGAGCCACCAUAAACACCAUGAGACUGUCCCCAUGGAGAAGGAGAGCGAGAGCAUCAAGUUACAUUUGAAUGAUACAAAGGACAACAUUCAACAGAUGAUCCACAACAGACUAAGAAAAAUGGACCAGAUUAAAAAUUCAGUUCAUCUCAGCAGAAAAAUCACAGAGAGAGAGAUUCAGAGCAGCGCUGAGGUCUGCAAUCUGCUUAUGACAACCAUUAAGAUACAACAGGCUGAGCUGGUCAAAGAGCUCCAGGAGAGGCAGAAAGAAGCUGAGAGGAGAGCCGUGGAGCUGCUCGACGAGCUGGAGCAGGAAAUCAUCAAACUGCAGACGAGAAGCAGCGAGCUCCAGCACCUGGAGCUCAUUCAGCACCCUCUUCACCUCCUACAGAGUUUCUCAUCUCUAAGUAAACUCCCAACUAAUAAAGAGUGGUCUGAGGUGGCAGUCCACUCAGAUAACUGCUUGGGGGCAGUAAGGAGAGCCGUCUCUACGCUGGUGGUCGUCUGCCAGGAACUUGGGAACAAACUAUCUGCAGAGGAAGCAGGCAGAAUGGAUCAAUAUGCAUUUGAUGUCACUCUGGAUCCUGAGACUGCUUCAGGCUGGUUGGUCCUGUCUCCAGACAGAAAGAAGGUGAGCGUCAGCAGACAGAGAGCCUCACUCUCAGACAAUCCUCAGCGAUUUGACACCUGCGUCUGCGUUUUGGGGAAACAAAGCUUCACAUCUGGAAGACGCUACUGGGUGGUUCAGGUUGGAGAUAAAACCGACUGGGAUCUUGGCGUGGCAAGAAAGUCCAUCAACAGGAAGGGAACCAUCACUGUUCGUCCCGACAGCGGUUACUGGGCGAUCUGCCGGCGAAAAGGUGGCAGUCUCAGUGCCUGCACCCGGCCCUCCGUCACACUCCAACCCCAGGAAACCCCGCAGAAAGUGGGUAUCUUCGUGGACUACGAGGAAGGGUUGGUGUCUUUCUAUGACGCGGAUGCAAAGACUCUUAUUUACACUUACAGCGAUUGUCAUUUCUCUGAGCCUCUCUACCCAUACUUCAACCCCUGUGUGCAAGAUAAUGGGAAGAACACCACCCCGCUGAUAAUCUGUUCUCUUGAGAGAAGGAUCGGGGAAGGACAGGUCAUGACUGUUGAGUCAGAUGUGUGAUGUGUCAUUAGAAAGCAUGAUGUUAACUAAUGUUGAAAACAGAUAUUUUAGGGGUUUUUUUAGAAGAAGAACAUUUAUGAACCUAUUUUGGUUUGCACACAUUUAUUAUACUGUAGCAGUAUCUGACAUUGGACUGCAACAGGCUGAAAUUCACAAGUUUAUUUCUGUUUAUAAAAACUCAGCAAUACUAAAAGGAAUACAUGAUGUUUAUUCUGUGGGAAUAGUUUUCUUAAAAACUGUUUUUUACUGUUUAAUAUUCAUGAUGGAUCAUAAUGAAUCUUCACAAAAUACACCUGUCCUAUUUCUGUGUAUUUAAAGAUAUAUAAGAUGCUUGUGGAAGCACUGCAAAACUUUAUUUCAAAGCCUUUAUAGGCAUAAUAUGAUGCAAGUUGUGAAACUGAAAAUUAAAAUUUUUAAAUAUAGAAACUG